AUGUCAUACCCUACGCUAGCACCUUACAUUAGAAAAAGCCCCUUUCUUACUAGAAUUUUAAAGCCAAUAGCUAAUGUCGUCGCUAAUGCGUCUGGAUACAGACAACUUGGUUUACGAUACGAUGACAUCAUACAAGAAGAAAGUGAAACGGUUCAAGAAGCAUUGAAGCGUCUACCAAUUCACGAAGAUAACUAUCGUACUGUGCGAAUUCGUAAUGCGUAUCAACUUUCUUUGCAGCAUCAUAUCUUGCCAAAGGAACAAUGGACUAAACCAGAAGAGGAUGUGAGAUACCUUUCUCCGAUAAUUGACGAAGUUGUAGCCGAAGAAGCUGAACGAGAAGCAUUUGAUGCUAUGAAGAUUAUUAAAAAAUAG